UUUUAAACAGCAUUUUUACUCAUUAAUUUGUUAACAGAAAAAUAGAAAAUACAUUUUUAGUAUUCUAGCUUUUUAGUCAGAAUUUUUAAGGAGUUUCUCAAUUGAUUACAUGACGUUUUACGUGACUAUAAGUACUUUCAAUAAAAUUAUAUCGUUUAUUUAAAAAAAUCUCUAACUCUUCAAUAGAAAAUAAUUCAAAAAUCGACGAAAAACUAUUUUUUGCUCCACUGUGCAAUGUGGCCACUUUUCAAAUAUUCGCGCGUCUUUCAAGCUUCCAAACUUUGCGCAUAUGCAGAAUGUUCAUGAUCAAACACGUGUAAAAUUGUGGUUAUGUUCCUCAUACAUUUCGUGUUUGACGUUUGUGAAAUUCUCUUCCGAAAAAUAUCCUUCUUGUAAAAUGAGUGCCGUAAAAUAUAGUUCCAAGGGCAAAAAUAAAGGGAAGAAGAAAAGGCCGGUUCAGAAAACGAGAAAGGAAUUGCGAAAAGAGAAACGCGUACAGAAAAAACAGAAUCGUAAACUGUUUCAUGAGAAGAAAAAGUCGGAGCCUCAAGAAUCAGGGAAAUUUGUUUUAAAUCCAAAAGGAUUGGACCAACAUGUCAAGAAAGAAAAUAAAUCUGAAAAGGAGAAAAAUGUGCAGGAUAGAUUACAAAAGGAACUAGAAAAUGAAAAGAAGAAAGAGCAGAGAUUGGAGAAGGAAAUGGCGAGAAAAAGAAGGAGGCAGUUGAAAGAAGCUAAUAUGGAAGAAGAUCGAAAUAUUAAACAUUUGGAGAAGCAAUUGAAGCUGAAUAGAAGAAAGAGCAAGAAUGUUCCAAAAUCAUUUGCUUCUGACGGCUUGGAUUAUCUUUUGGACUUUUGUGAUGAAGAGAACAGGAAAAUUGCCGUGGAAGCCGAGAAACAAUUGCUCGGAGCUGAUUCCGGAUCCGAAUUCGAAGAUGAUUUCGCUGUCGCGACUGGAGAAACUGCGAAGAAAGAUAACAAGAAGAAUAAGAAGCUUUCGAAAAUAAAUAAAUCAGAUUCCGAAGCUUCCUGCAACUCGGACGACAACUUUGAUGAUUCUUCAAAGAAAGGAAAAUUCAAUAGUAAAUUGAGCAAAAAGUCUCAACCUGAUGAAUCAGAAGAGGAAGAUGAUUUUAGUCUUGACGAAGAUAUGGAAGAUGAAGAGGAUGAAGAAUAUGAGGAUGAAGUUGAAGACGAAGAAGAAAGCUUAGAAUCAAAGAAAAGAAAACUGGAAUCAAACCAGAAAACUGUUAGCGAACAGAAGAAAAGAAAAAUUUCAGAAAGUGAAGAUUUGGAAGAAGAAAUGGAAGCAGAUUCCGAUUCCGAAGAAGAUUUAGGAAAUCCCGAAGAAGAUGAAGAAAAUACGAAACUUUGGGAAGAUAUUUAUGGAAGAACGAGGGACAAAGAUGGCAACGUGGUAACAAAUCGCUACGUUCCUCCAGCAGCGAGGGAAAAAAAUCUCAAGGAGGAUUCUGAAAAUAGCGAAAAGUUGAUUAGACUCAGAAGGCAAUUAAAAGGUCCCUUAAACAGAUUAACGGAUCGAAAUAUGCAUACGAUUGCUGGACAGAUAGACGAACUUUUUCUGACAAACAGUCGCAACGACAUGAAUGAAAUGUUGUCGAAAUUAAUGAUGGAGGCGAUCGUUGCCCCAAUAAUGACUCCUGAUCGUUUAAUAAUGGAACACAUGAUGCUAAUUGCUGUUCUUCACGCAAAUGUUGGCUCGGAAGUUGGUGCUCAAUUUUUACUGAAUCUAGUGAAAAAAAUUGAAGAGAAGCUCAAUUCGCCACAGGAAGUCGAAAAUAAGGAGCUCGAUAAUUUAAUAUUGAUGUUUUCGCAUUUGUACAACUUCAAAAUCUUCGGAUCGAAGUUAAUCUACGAGAUUCUUGAAAAAUUAUCCGAGAAAUUUUCCGAAAAGGAAAUAGAGUUGAUUCUUCUCAUCCUGAAAAGCGUUGGUUUCGUCCUGAGAAAGGACGAUCCAUUAUCUUUGAAGGAACUUGUUAUCAAAUUACAACAGAAAGCAGCACUCGCCAAAUCCGAAAACUUGAGAGUGAAAUUCAUGAUCGACGUUUUGAUGGCGAUUAAGAACAACAAUAUGAAUAAAAUUCCCCAGUACGAUCCUUCGGUUUUGGAACACUUGAAAAAGGUCCUGAAAACUUUAAUCCGAACCGGAAAUGGAAUUUCACAACUUAAUAUAACACUCGAGGAUCUUCUUCAAGUUGACGAGAGAGGAAAAUGGUGGAUUGUUGGAGCCGCCUGGUCGGGAAGUACGAGCCUCGGUAAACAGGAAAAAAGUGUAGAAGAUAAGCCAAAGUUUAGUGCAAAGCUUCUCGAAUUAGCGCGGAAGCAACGAAUGAAUACGGAUGCGAGGAGAAAUGUCUUUUGUAUUUUGAUGUCCGCUGAAGAUUAUUUGGACGCUUUUGAAAAGCUUCAUCAUCUUGGAUUGAAGGAUGGCCAAGAGAAGGAAAUUAUUUACGUUCUGAUGAAUUGUUGCCUGCAGGAAAAGAAUUUCAAUCCUUACUACGCUCUACUUGCUCAGAAAUUCUGUGAUUACGAUAGGAAAUAUCAGAUGACAAUUCAAUACACUCUUUGGGACAAACUGAAAACUUUGGAGAAUUUUAACAACAAGCAGUUGAAAAAUUUAGCUCGUUUUCUCACACAUUUGUUCUUGCACAGAGGAUUAUCGAUUUCAACGAUGAAGGUUGUGCAACUCGAGGAAUUGGACAAGCCGAAAAUGAAGCUCUUGCGUCAAAUUGUCCUUGGAAUUUUGAUGCACGAAAAUUCGGAAGCCUGUUUGGGCGUAUUUGAGAGAAUAACUCGUUCGGAACAACUGGACAACUUUAGGGAAGCUUUAAGGUUGUUUAUAACUCAGUUUGUGGUCAGAAAUGCGAAGGAAGGUCUCAUUCCUGAAGAUAAAGCAGUGCUGAUAAAAGAAAGAGCAGAGCUCGUCGAUAGGUUAUUAGCAACACGAAAUUCGAGAAUUGUUUUCUAAUCUGCUAGAAAAAACAAAACAAAAAACACAUCAGGUAUGCAGAAAAAAAUUUAGAAAUUAGUUUUAUUUCUUAUUAAUAUUUUUUAUUUUAUAAACAAAUACAUAUGUUAUUUAAAUAUAAAAGAGAUAAGACUGAUUUCAUUUCUGACUCGAAAAAAAAUAUGUAUCUGUUGAUAUCUUAAUUUUUUUUGCAUAAAUUAUCCUUUUGCAAAAAUCUGAUUAUUAGUAAUUAAUCUGAAAUUACUUAUUUAAAUAAGCUUAGUUCUAAACGAGAUUUAUUUAAAUUGGGGACUCUCCCUUGGAUAAAAUUCAAGAACCAUUUUUACCUGAUUUUAUGUCGUCGAUAUUAUAUUUAAUAAUAAUUUUUACCAAUUUAGUUAUGUAAAUAGUUUUAUGAACCUGAUUUCAUUUGUUAAUAAAUAAUUAAAACUGAAAAUGGGU